AUGGCCGACGUUGAUAUGGCAGACGCACCCGCGCCCAAGACCAAGGUCGCCAAGGCCGCAGCCAGCACAGACACCGGCGACAAGAAGCGCUUCGAGGUCAAGAAGUGGAACGCCGUGGCGCUCUGGGCCUGGGACAUCGUCGUCGACAACUGCGCCAUCUGCCGUAACCACAUCAUGGAUCUCUGCAUCGAGUGCCAGGCCAACCAGGCGUCUGCUACGAGUGAAGAGUGCACCGUCGCCUGGGGCAUUUGCAAUCACGCCUUCCACUUCCACUGCAUCUCCCGAUGGCUCAAGACGCGACAAGUGUGCCCGCUCGACAACCGAGACUGGGAGUUCCAGAGGUACGGCCGAUAG